CCUCCGCGAUUCUUUCUUCGGCCCCUGAAUUGUUGGGGUUCGCCAUGUUUCCCAUCGGCGGGCCACUUCCUGUCCUGGUGGGUGAAUUGACACCUGAGAUGCAAGAGAAACUGCGAAAGAUUCGUUUCUGCGUGAUGGGCACCUUCCUGGCCGCCAUUGGUCGCUUUUGUACCGGAGAUAUUCCCGUGAGUGAGUUGCUGUGUGGCAUCGUGGGCAUCUUCUUGCUCAACGAAGAUCCGAAUGUUGCCCCGUGUUAUGCUUGUCUGGCGAGCAGUCCGCUGGGACAAUGCAGCAUGGGCCAUGGUCUUAGCUGUUGUUUGACCUAUUCCUUUCUGGCCGCGAUGAAUUCCAUCUUUCUCAUGCUGAAGCUGUUGACCGGGGGACCCUUUGUCCUGGUCUCCUUCUGCUGCCAAGCGUCCGGAGCCUUUCUGGCGAUGAAGCUCAACGCCUUGGUCUCUCGAGAAGAGCUGUUAGGAGCUGGUCCCGGUGGUCCUGGGAGCUUCGGCUUGCAAGGCCUCCAAGGCCUUAUGCCACCGGGAGGUGGUGCUCCGCCCGGUGGACCACCAGGUGGACCACCACCGGGGUCCGGGCCGUCGCCAUUUGGAGGUGGAGGUGGAGGUGGUGGAGCCUCUGGUGCAGAAAUGCAGCCCUUCCAGGCCUUUCAAGGUACUGGCAUGCGCUUGGGGGGUUGACAGUCUGAACGACAUGACCUCGAUGGAGCCGCAUACGUACCACAAUGUGGUACCACAUGUGCGAAAAACAUGAGAGACAUCAUGGGCGCCUGACGC